AUGUCUCUCCGAUCGGUGUUCAAAUCACUUAAUCCCUGGGGCGCGAAAGCCGUCAACACCCUCGAUUCGAGCCCCAAGAAGACGACCGAAAGGCCACAAUCGGCCCAUUCCAAUGACUCUCGAGAAACACCACGAGCGAAGCGGCAGAAGACGAGCCGGGAUACCGAAGUAAUACCACGAGGGUCACAAGAGUCUAUUGAGGAAUUCCCGUCUCAACCGAUUCAAUCGCGGGGUCACACGUACAGCCCCUCAAUAUCUCCUUCGCCUAUCAGUUCGCAUGUUCCUAUGUGGAAUUCACAUGCAAUGGCUGAGUACCAGGGUCGAGGCAAUCGCCGCCACCGGCAUAGGUCUCUUGGUAGCAACAAGAGUCAGUCCUCGGCCGAGGACGUUCCCAGUGCGUUCGGUCAGAAAUACACUGCCCCCGAUAAUCAAGAACAAACUCGGUCUAAAGUGCAAAGCGAUGCGGCCGACUUGGAGAUUCUGAGGAAUAUAUCAGCCCACUUACAGCCUGCCCAACCCAAGGGGAAGAAGAGACUGAAACAGGAAUCCCACGAAGACGACGAGCUGGCAAUGGGUCAUACGCCCAAUGAUAGCAAAAAGCGCCAGCCAGGGCCCAGCGUCUCUCGCAGGGGCGAUAUAGUCCCUACACAAUUCCCCAGAAAGGCAGCCAACGGUCGUGAGGACUGUCAGUCUCUUGGAGAUUCCGAACGCUUCACUGUUUCUGCAGCAGUCUGCUACCGGAAUUACUAUUAUGUGGCUGGUGAGAAAGGCGGGACAGAUGCAUGCUACAUGCAAGCACAUCAUGAUAAACCUCAGGCGGAACUUCGCGCCUUUACACAAGAUGGAAACCCCCACGGGACGCAACAGUGGCUCAAGCUUACAAACAAGAUCAAAGCCUUGCAUUUUCACCCGUCCAGUAGCCUCAUUAAGGUCACUCAACCCACUGAUACAUCUCUGGACAUCGGUAAACUGCUGGUCAUCAAGUUUGCGACUCCUCAGGAUGCUUCAUCUGUUGCUCGUUGGGCUACAAGGGUUCUCAAGCUCCAUGCCAUUUAUGACAAAGCACUCGGUGAAAUCAAUCGAGACACCCCAUGGUCAUCAGCAGGCAUAGUCGCUGGUGCGGGAUCUCCUAAUGCUCAGCCUCCCGAUGCUGGCAAGGCACGGGGCACCAGUGCUAGCAUUACACCCAGCCAAGUCUCACCCUCGAACAAACCGAGAACCACCAUCCGCGGUUCCAUGCAAGUUUCGGAGCCCGCAACACCCCAACCAGUCGCGACUUACGGCAGACGAUCUUUGAGGUCAACUCAUGGAUCAACGACAGAUGCGACUUCCGCUCCAAUUGAUGUAGAUCUAUCAUUAUCGCCUGAGACCCCUCCUCCGCCCCGUUGGUCUUUGCAAAACAGGAGCUGGUUGGAAGACUGGAAGACACCGCUACAAUUUGGCAGAGUACAGGUGACCAAGGAUGACAUACCAAGACUGGAUGAGGGCCAGUAUCUGAACGAUAGCAUCAUUGAAUUUGGUUUAAAGUACCUUUUUGAAAAAUUCACUGACAAGCAUCCCGAUCUCAGCAAGCGAGUCUACAUGCACAACAGCUUUUUCUACACGAGUUUGACCGGGGACGGUGGCAACCAAUUCAAGUACGAGAAUGUCAAAAGAUGGACUGCAAAGGUGGAUCUGCUGUCCUAUGACUACAUUGUCGUCCCAAUCAACCAGCACUUCCACUGGUGGGUUGCCAUAAUUUGCAACCCAGGGAAACUUGAUCCGGCUGUUCGUCAGACGGCAAAAGAAGCCGAAGCCACGAUCCCUAUCGACGUCGAAAUGACUGAUGCACCAAAGCUGGUUACGUCUGAUGUUGUGGACAAAGCCACCGAUGGCAAACCCGGAUUUCGCCCAUCAGCUUCUACUCAGCCAAAGCAACGCAAGCCUGCUUAUAGCCUUGAUGACCCCAGAAUCAUUCUGUUGGACUCGCUCGGAUCUAGUCACGGCCCUGCCGUUAAGAACCUCCGCCGAUAUCUCGUUGAAGAGUUCGAAGACAAGCGUGGCAGGAGGCUUGAGCAAGGUGAUUGGCCAACUCGCCUUGGGAUGAAGGCCACUAAUAUACCGCAGCAAUCAAAUCUCACAGACUGCGGAGUCUAUGUCCUUGGAUACGUGCAAGAGUUUGUCAAGGAUCCAGAUACCUUCGUCAAGGCUCUGCUGUCUAAGGAGCCGCACGAAUGGGCAUUAAGUGCCCCCCUAUUGCGAACGCUCUGGAGGGAUACUAUCUUCUACGAAAAGAGUAUGACCCGCACAGAGCCUGGCCGGCAGCAAAAUGCGGGGAUGAUCUAUCCCAUGUCCGCGGAGAGAAUGACAAAACUUUUUGCUCAAAGCGCCAAACUGAGCACCUCUCCUUCUCGCGAUUCGGCUGUGGGCCGGAGGGAGGAAUCACGACAUGCAGCUGUACCAGAGCCGCUCAGACCUGUGGGAAUGGCGGGAGAACCGGCGCAAGGGCGAAUAGGGUCUCCUGUAGAGGCACCAAAGCCCGCGAAAACUGCAAAGGAGCCAGCAGGACGUAUGAUACCGACAGAAGGUGUGCAGGAGGUAACCAAGCCUAUGGACCUCGUCGUCAACACACCCCUCAUUCCUUCUAUUGAGGAUUCUAUCGAGGACUCCCCUACCCCAGAACCUCCUCAAAUCACCGACCUCACCACACUUGUAGAGCCCGGUUUCUCGAAGCAUGUGCCCAAGCUUAAAGAGCGCCCCGCUUCAAAGUUGGGGACUUCGCCGACGCGGCAAUCAUCUCAUGCGGAAGAUGAUGAAGUCAUGCUUGUCCCUUUGGGUCGCCCUGACUCCACAUUGUUCACGGCGAGGAUAUCUAGUUCCCCGGCGGAGGCAAAGAAAGCGGUUGAUACGUCGGUGCAAGAGCUCGACGCAAAGUCAUUCUACAACAAGUCAGCCACACCUCCUGGGCACACCAAGAAUGCAAAGCCUCGCCAGCCGACGCGCCAGGUUGCCCUAAUGUCACAGUCAUCUCCCGCCCAGGCUCCCAAUCCAAAACGUGCUGAUGCUGGCUCCACGUCCACAGGGACGUCGAAGCGUCCUCAUACCGGUUCCACGCCUACUGGGGUUUCUCGCCCAAAACGCCCUGGUGCCAGCUCUCCACCUACCACGGGCUCUCAGUCGAGAUAUUUUAAUGGUACCCCAUCUCCAGGUCGGAGGCAGCGAGUGGCUACGAAUGUAGGAGCUGCGUACACAUCCGUGGGUUUUGCACCCACCAGGGAGGCUACCGUGGAGCAGAACUUGGCAGCGGUGAAGCAUCAUGAGCCGAUCAAUAUUGAUGACUCUGAUUGAGUUGUGAGCGGUGGUUAUUAUACUCUAGCAGCAAUCCCAAAGCGACGUUGUAGCCAUGUUGGGCCCGAUUAGACAAGCUUGUUUGUUUCGUUCCGUUUUUUUUUCUGAUCUAUUUUGGCUUGUGGGUUACGGAAACAUUGAUUAUCAUCCUGGUUUUGCUCAAGGUAAGGCGCAGAAGAGAGUGGGUAUUUAUCAAUAUGUGGGAUUAUUGGCAAGCAUGGGAUAGGAGUUUGGGUCCUGGUAUUGUUUGUUAGCUGUUUGCCAAUCGGAGGAGAGUGGGGGUUGGGGA